AUGCAGCUCCUCACGCCAGAUGGCGACGACUCGGACACCGGUUCAAGGCUCACCAUGUCCGAGACGGAGAACCCAGAUGUGACUGUCUCGGUCGACCUGGGCACGACCUACACCGGCGUGGCCUGGAGAGCGGGACGAAAGCCAAUUCAGGUCAUCAACGACUGGCCCGGCAGCGGCGACCGCGGCCAACGCAAGGUCCCCUCGACGCUCGUCUACGACGCCGACGACGAUAACAACCCGACGUCGUGGGGCUUCCUGUGCGACGACGAUGGUGGCGGCGGCGACCGGGAUGCCGGCAGGACGCGUCGUAGCCUGUUCAAGCUCCACCUCGACGACGACGCGACCGGGCCUGCUGCCCAGAACCAGGCUCCGGCCAAGGCGCCCAUCAGCGCCGCCGACGCCAGGCGUUGCACCACUCACUACUUGCAUAAGGUGUACGGACACGUUAAGGAGACGAUCGAGCGGCAGAUGGGACUGCGCCGAGCGCCGAGCGGCAGCUGGGCCCACCUGACCGUCCUCUUCCUCUUCAGCGUGCCGACGACGUGGACGCGCAUGAGGACCAUCAACCUCUUCAAGGAAAUCGUCCGCGAGGCCGGUUUCGGCCCCGGCGGGCCCCGGCACGAGGCCCGGGUCGACCUCACCGAGGCCGAGGCUGCCGCCGUGACAACGCUCAAGACAGCCGCCGUCCACUUUACCCCCGGCAGCCUGUUCUUGACCAUCGAUGCCGGCGGCGGCACCACGGACCUGGCUCUGAUGCGCGUCAUGUCUACCAACGCUGCCGUGCCGCGGAUGGAGCAGGUGGCGGCCGUCAGGGGCGACGGCAUCGGCUCGACCUUGAUCGACGACGCCUUUAUCCGCCUCGUUUCCCAGCGCCUGGCCGCCUGGCCCGACGUUGAACGCACACUGCCGGCCGACGUUGCCGUCCGCAUGGCUAGGAGCCACCACUUCAUCAACCUCAAGCAUAAGUUCGGCGAGAGCGUCUACAUGCAGCCCGUUUGGAAGAUGCCCAUGGAAGGCGUCUCCCACGACUUUAGCCACCAAGACCUGGGCAUCGAAAGGGGCCGCUUUCUCGUCACCAGGGAACAGAUACAGUCCCUCUUCGACGCCCAAGUCGAUGGCAUCAAGAGGCAGAUCAAGUUGCAGCUCGACUGGCUUUCGCGAAACGACCGUCGAGACGAGGUGGAGUUUGUCAUGCUGUCGGGCGGACUCGGGAGCUCCGCUUACGUCCGCGACAGGAUCCAGCAGCAUCUCAUCAGCUUUCCGUACCCCAACGCGCCUCGGGCCGACGUGAUUCCAUGCCAGGACCCGCAGCUCGUCGUCGUCCGCGGCCUGCUCCUCGACCAGCAAAGAAGGCCCGAAACGGGCCAACUCUCGGUGCUCGCAACGCGGGUCGCUCGCGCAAGCUACGGCGUCGUCGUCCAGGUUCCAUAUACGCGCGCUAGCCACCCUCACGAGGAAGUCGUAAAAGAUGAGUUCAACAAGCGCUGGGCCGUUAACCAGAUCCAGUGGGUGAUACGAAAGGGCGAAAGCAUCAACCCAAGCAACCCGCUCGUCAAGACAUUCGAGAUUCGCCUCGCCGAGCAGGACCUGGAGAGGUCCUGGGACGCAGACAUAGUUAUUUCCCACAACGACAAGUGGUCUCUCCCGCACAGUAUGAAGCAAGGCGGCGUUCACAAUCUCUGCCACAUCAAGAGCAACCUCGAUGGCGUUAAGCAGCACCAGCUCGUGCUCAAGAAGAAGCAUAGCCUAUUUUCCCGUCGAAGCUCCAGAUUUUACAUCUGCCAGCUAGACGUUCACAUCAUCGUCGCGCCGGCGGACAUCCGCUUCGAGCUGUGGCUUGGCAACGAGAGGUUCUCCGGUAAACACCAGCCUAUUAGCGUAAGCUGGGACGAGGCCGGACUUGAAGCCGGAGACGAGUACGAAUAG